AUGAUAGUUCAAAAAAAGUUCAAUUCACGUACCCUUGCAAGACAAGGCAAGACUUGUGCGGAAUGUGACAAAUUAAAAGUACAGAUUCAACAUGCAAAGAAUGAAGGCAAGCGAAACAAAUUAAUAGCUCAAAAAGAUGAGCAUUUAAAAGAUGUGGAAAAUGUUAAGAGGCUUUUUGAUUCAGAUAAAGAGAGAGCCGAUGAUGAUUAUUUCGUUUACACGUUUGAUCUCCAAAAAGUGCUUAUUCUUCUAGUACUAACAACAAGUGUUGCAUAUUAUAAGCAAAAAUUCAAUUUAUAUUAUCUUGGUGUUCAUCCUUUUCCAAACAACCAGGAUACGAGCAAGCGAAACAAAUUAAUAGCUCAAAAAGAUGCGCAUUUAAAAGAUGUGGAAAAUGUUAAGAGGCUUUUUGAUUCAGAUAAAGAGAGAGCCGAUGAUGAUUAUUUCGUUUACACGUUUGAUCUCCAAAAAGUGCUUAUUCUUCCAGUACUAACAACAAGUGUUGCAUAUUAUAAGCAAAAAUUCAAUUUAUAUAAUCUUGGUGUUCAUCCUUUUCCUAACAGCCAGGAUAUGAGUAUGUUUAUUUGGUCAGAGAUUGAGGGAUCUAAAGGCCCAGAAGAAAUUUCAAGUUGUUUGGUCAAGUUUUUAAAGGAUCAUGCGUCAUCAGCUUCACACAUUGUUUCUUAUUCCGAUAGAGCAGGAGGCCAAAAUCGUAAUAUCAAAAUUAUUUUGGCAUUAUUACGUCUUCUUAGCGAUCCGACAAUGCAAGCUGAAAUAAUCGAUGUAAAACAAGGCAAGACUUGUGCGGAAUGUGACAAAUUAAAAGUACAGAUUCAACAUGCAAAGAAUGAAGGCAAGCGAAACAAAUUAAUAGCUCAAAAAGAUGCGCAUUUAAAAGAUGUGGAAAAUGUUAAGAGGCUUUUUGAUUCAGAUAAAGAGAGAGCCGAUGAUGAUUAUUUCGUUUACACGUUUGAUCUCCAAAAAGUGCUUAUUCUUCCAGUACUAACAACAAGUGUUGCAUAUUAUAAGCAAAAAUUCAAUUUAUAUAAUCUUGGUGUUCAUCCUUUUCUAAACAGCCAGGAUACGAGUAUGUUUAUUUGGUCAGAGAUUGAGGGAUCUAAAGGCCCAGAAGAAAUUUCAAGUUGUUUGGUCAAGUUUUUAAAGGAUCAUGCGUCAUCUGCUUCACACAUUGUUUCUUAUUCCGAUAGAGCAGGAGGCCAAAAUCGUAAUAUCAAAAUUAUUUUGGCAUUAUUACGUCUUCUUAGCGAUCCGACAAUGCAAGCUGAAAUAAUCGAUGUAAAACAAGGCAAGACUUGUGCGGAAUGUGACAAAUUAAAAGUACAGAUUCAACAUGCAAAGAAUGAAGGCAAGCGAAACAAAUUAAUAGCUCAAAAAGAUGCGCAUUUAAAAGAUGUGGAAAAUGUUAAGAGGCUUUUUGAUUCAGAUAAAGAGAGAGCCGAUGAUGAUUAUUUCGUUUACACGUUUGAUCUCCAAAAAGUGCUUAUUCUUCCAGUACUAACAACAAGUGUUGCAUAUUAUAAGCAAAAAUUCAAUUUAUAUAAUCUUGGUGUUCAUCCUUUUCUAAACAACCAGGAUACGAGUAUGUUUAUUUGGUCAGAGAUUGAGGGAUCUAAAGGCCCAGAAGAAAUUUCAAGUUGUUUGGUCAAGUUUUUAAAGGAUCAUGCGUCAUCUGCUUCACACAUUGUUUCUUAUUCCGAUAGAGCAGGAGGCCAAAAUCGUAAUAUCAAAAUUAUUUUGGCAUUAUUACGUCUUCUUAGCGAUCCGACAAUGCAAGCUGAAAUAAUCGAUGUAAAGUAUUUAAUUUCUGGCCAUUGA